AUGGGUGAAUACAAAUCGGUUAAUAAUUCAAAUACAACACGUUUUAUGGCUAUUCUGACCUUGGAAUCACUGGACAUGUCACCAUCCAGUGCUUUUUAUAUAUUAAUUUUAAGCAUUAUCACAUACUGUUUAAUUUUGUUUUUCCAGUUCAUGCUACUUGUGACUAUUGUUGUAAAAAAGGAACUGCAUAAACCUAUGUACAUACUGCUGUUUAAUUUGUCUAUGUGUGAUAUUUUGGGAGUUACAGGUUUUUACCCUCAACUGUUUAAUAGUAUACUGUCUCAGAGCAGAGAAAUCUCCUACCCUGCCUGUGCCUUCCAGGGCUUCCUGAUUCACUACUAUGGAACUGGAUCACUUUUAUUUCUCACUGUUAUGGCUUAUGACAGAUACAUUGCCAUUUGUAAGCCUUUGAGAUACCAUAAUCUGAUAACCAUAGGUACUGUGAUGAAAUUUAUUGUUUUUGUCUGGCUCGCAGAUUUUGUUAUAAUUGGGUCUUCAUUCAUAUGGACAAUGACUAAAGAAAUUUGCAGAACAAAUAUAGUGGACACGUACUGCAAUAAUCCUUCUUUAAUGAAAUUAAUCUGUGAGGAUACAAGAGCGCUGAACUACUAUGGCUUGUUUACUGCAAAUCUUGUACAAAUUCCUUCCAUACUGAUAGUAUCAUUAACAUAUAUCAAAAUCCUAAAGACCUGUCGUUCUACAAAACAGGCACAAUCAAUUAAGAAGGCAAUGCAAACCUGUGGGACACAUUUAGUUGUUUUUCUGACUUUUGAGCUAUCUGCAUCCUUACUAUUUAUUUCUCACAGGUUAGAAUCUAUAGCUCCACAGUUAAGAAGAGCCUUUGGUAUUUCAAUUGUUAUGUUUCCCCCGAUUCUUAAUCCCCUAAUUUAUGGGUUGAAUACAAGGGAAAUUCGACAAGCAAUUUUCAAAUUCUUUCAAAAAAAGAUUUUUUUUAUAUAUAACAGCAAACUUAAAGUAAAUACAUAG